AAUGUAAUUUAGUGAUUUAAUAUCUGUACACCAGCUUUAAUUCAAUACAUCAAAAAUCAAUAUACCAUUUUUCAAGAAUUCAGGUGCAGUAUUACUGAUGGUUAGGUGAACUGAAGAGACAGUCAGUGUAGAAAAUGCUGACCGGAGCUCUUAUGAAAAAACGCUUGACACUUUGGUCCACAGUGGUUUUGGUGCCAUGAACAUCAGCACUCCAAAAGACUUGCACAAACAUUUAUUAUCUUUCAAAGUUCUUCAUAACUGUGAAGAGGACAAACACAAGAGAGACAGUUUCACGUGAUCUGAAAAUCACCUGAACUCUUAAAGAAAGCAGAUGUGUUUUGGCUUAGUGACUUAUUAAGAAGAGGAUUUGAAGAAUAAUGUCUCCUGUUGUUCAUUUUGGACUGCUUAUUGCAUGCUCAGUUCUUGUUGGGUGCAGCAGCAUUAACAAGAAACAAUGGAAGAGCAUGCUGAAUAGAAAUGAGCUGAACCUUCUCGAAGAAGUCAAAAUGAGUCCUGAAUUGAACAUGGAGAAGUCCGACAUGAACGCCAUUAUGUGCUGGGUUUGCAAGAAAUCAAUUCAUGAGAUCAAGGGUGUGGUUCUCCGUCAGAUUAAAAAGGAAAUAAAGGCACUGUGCAGAGCAAUGAAAAUCCUUGAACACAUCUGUGAGAACAGUGCUUAUAAAUACCAGUUAAUGAUACUUCAUCUACUGUUUCCUAGAAAUAGCAAACAAACGUGUCACCAUUUGGGUGUGUGUAAAUGAAUUGUAUUGCUCUGUCAUGAAGAACCAAAUUAUUUUCCAAAUAUUUCAAUAAAUAAGUGGUCUGUUUGAUGGUGAUUUUUUUUUUUCCAAUGCAGGCAAUUCAAUGCUACUUUUCUAGAAUAUUGUGUGCAUUGUACGCUGUAUAAACCAUUAUAAGCAAAAUCUAAUAACCAACAAAGAUGCAAUACAUUUGUUUAUUUGAUUUAAUAUAGGCUAAUUUACUGCUUCUUGUGCAUAUUUUGUUCACUAAUCAUGUCAUGAUACUAGAUUUUAUUUGCAUUUGCUGAAAACCUUUUUAUAAAUAAAACAGCAAGCCUUCUCAGAUAUGGCCAAUUUGAGUUUUUAUAUAUUCUGACCUCUGAUUGAAGAAUAUUUGACCAUGUGACUGCUGACACAAUUCCCGCGCUGCCCGGGAAGGGAGAGGAUGUGCACGUGCACGACGUCCAGUUUGAAAUAUUAUGAUUUUGUCUUAAUUCACCUUUAAAGUAUCAUUAAUGUUAUGCACAUCAGCUAAACUGCAAUCUUACCUUCUCCAGUAGUCGAUCUAAACACAUCUCUGAAAACCAUGCGCGUGUCGUAAUUAAGUUACUGAGCCGCGGUUUUUUAAACUGAGUGGCAGGUCUGUAAUAUCGGCUGAUUUAAUCGCUGAAACAUGAUUAAACUGAGCCGACCAUGGGCAGAAUCCGCCCCGUCCGGACCCGCUCACAGCCUGCAGAUCCGGCGCGGCCCGCGGAGAACAAGGCCGACCCCAGCGGCUCGGAAGCAGCCUGACUCCGCUCAUCAGCCUCGCAGGAAGACGCCCGGGCAGACCCUGCUGAUCCAGAGGCAGGAGAUGGCCGCCUUCUUCAGGCUGUUCGAUGAUGAUCUAAUACAGGACUUUCUGUGGAUGGACUGCUGCUGUAAACUUACAGACAAGUAUUUGUUGGCUAUGACAUUUGUGUACUUCAGGAGGGCAUGCUUCAGUAUCACUGAACACAGUAGAAUGAACUUCUUCCUUGCCCUCUAUCUGGCAAACACAAUGGAAGAGGAUGAGGAGGAAACCAAGUAUGAGAUCUUCCCCUGGGCUUUGGGAAAGAGUUGGAGAAAACAUUUCCCACGAUUCCUAAAACAAAGAGACCAGUUGUGGGCACGCAUAGAGUACAGAGCGGCUGUCAGCAGACAAUGCUGUGAGGAGGUAAUGGCUAUUGUGCCAUCUCACUUCAUCUGGCAGCGUGAGCGUGCAGAGCAUCACAGUGGAGCUCAGAGACUGUACCAUAACCGUGAGGAGAUCCUCAUUCCCCGCGGGCCCUCUGCUUCGCCAGAGCCUUGUUUUCUCUGUACCAAGACCUCUGCUCUUCCUGUGCCUCAUCCAUCCUCUACUGGAACCCGGUUUUACUCUGUGCCACUGAAGGCCACUGCACACAAGGUCCAAGCUUCACAUGGGCCUAGUAAGGAGACCAAAGCUCAGCACACCUGUCAUUGUAAGACUAAAUCAGGCACACUUACAGGAAGUGAUGCAUGUCAAGAUCAUUCAAUGAACUGGAUCAGUGAGGAGUAGCUUUAUUGCAUAACAGCAAACAGAUCAUAUAUGCCUGUUGACCAUAUCACAGGCAUUUCAGCUGAGGGCCACAAAAGAAUUUCAGUCUCUAAACUGACCUGAGAAAUGUACAGCUUUGGUGUGAAUAGGGUAAUAGUCAUGUACAUUGUUCAUUUAAGAUGUAAAGAAUAUGUAAGAAAAUACUGAGUGAAGGUUUGUACGUAUAUUUUAUUGUAUCAUAAUCCUCAUCACUAUUUCUUAUUGUUGUGCAAAGUACUUUGCUAUUUCUCUAGCGCGCACUUUGUUUCUUUCUUAUGUCUUAGACAUAAGUGUGAAUGAAAUGUUUAGGAGUUAAACAUGGCAGGAUUAUUAAGUCUGUUUCAUAAGUAUAACAUUUGGCUGAUAUAAAUAUGAAUAAACACCUAUGAAAUUUAGUCCAUGAAUGGAGCAAACAGAUUCACUAUAUUUUGGCUUAAAUACUCAAGAGCAUGAAAGGAAAAUGCAAUAAAAUGUCUUUUUAUUGUACAAGUUUAUUGAUACAGCAUAUGACACAGUAGCUUUGU